AUGAAGACUCCUGCUCUGGUCAUCACGGCUGCCCUCGUGGUCGAUGCGAUUGCGGCCUCAUCCUUUGACUUUGAGAAUCACCCACUGCGGCCGGGCGAUCUGCAGCAUCUGAAGGAGGCGGAGGCGGCAAUCUUCCGUUCGGAUCAGAAUGCGACCGUAAGAUCGAGUUGCAAGGUAUUCCCUGGCGAUCGCAAUUGGCCAGGAACCCGGGCUUGGGAUUUGAUGGACCAACUGACGGACGGGGGUCUCAUUGCCUCUGUGCCGCGGGCCUCGUCCUGUUACAACGGGCCAAGAUAUGAUGCGUCCGACUGCGAGUCUUUGACAGACCAGUGGACCGACUCGUACUUUCACAACGAUGACCCCAUUGAGAUGCUCUCGCCCGUCUAUCAGGGUCUGACCUGCCAGCCAACCACGGACCCUACAGACAAUUGUACGCUGGGCGGAUAUCCAGCCUACGCGGUCAAUGUUUCCAGCGUGGCGGACAUCCAGCUGGCCAUUAACUUUGCCCGCCACACGGGAGUGCGCCUGGUUGUCAAGAAUACCGGCCACGACUUUUCGGGGAAAUCUGGCGGUGCCGGCGCGCUGAGCAUCUGGACACACCACCUCAAGGGCAUUGAACAUAUCCCAGAGUACAGCGCCCCGGGAACCAAUUGGACAGGGGCAGCCUUUCGGGUGGGAGCUGGUGUACAGGCCUACGAGCUGUACAAGACGGCUGAUGACUACAGCCUAAUGGUUGUCGGUGGUGAAGGACAGACUGUCGGAGUAGCCGGUGGUUACGUGCUGGGAGGAGGUCAUUCCCCCCUUAGUUCCAUCCAUGGCCUUGCAGCAGACCAGGUGCUGUCUAUGCAAGUUGUCCUUCCUGACGGGCAAUUCGUGACAGCCUCCUUCACCGAAAACACAGAGCUCUUCUGGGCACUCCGUGGCGGCGGCGGCAGCACCUUCGGCGUCGUCACUUCCGUCACCGUCAAGGCUUUUCCCACUAUUCCAGCCACCUCGUCGACCUUCACCUGGUCCACGGGAGCUAAUUUGACACACGACACCUUUUGGGCUGGAUUCCGCGCGUAUCUAGACCUUUUUAUCGAACAUUCGGACGCAGGAAUCUAUUCGUACUUCUUCAUUCUCCCAUCCAACGGGGAGUUCACCUUCUUGAUGCAGCCGUUCUUUGCUCCCAACAAGACCGUGGCCGAGACUGAAGCCCUCCUCUCACCCUGGUUCAAGCGUCUUCAUGACCUAGGUAUCCAGUUCACCCCCAAGACGCAGUAUUUCCGCACGUUCUACGAGGCCUGGAACGCUUCAUUCCCACUGGAGGUGGUUGAAAAGACCCAUGUCGCCACAGGAUCGCGUCUGUUCCCCCGUGUCAAUUGGGAAGAUGAGUCCAAGCUGAAUGAAACUUUCUCCGCCAUCCGCGCUUCCUCCGAGGCCGGCCUCACCUUUAUCUCCUUCAACAUGGCCCCGACCCUCGCCCGCGGCGGGAACCCCGACAACGCCGUGAACCCUGCCUGGCGCAAGGCCGUCAUGCACGCGUUGUCCAGCGUCAAUUGGAACGACGACUCGCCGGUGUCCGAGAUCAAAGAGGCGCGUCACAGCUUCACGUAUACGCAUAUGCAGCGGUGGCGUGAUGUGAGCCCGGGAGCAGGGUCGUACCUGGGCGAGAGCGAUCGCAUGGAACCGAAUUUCCAGCAGUCGUUCUACGGGGAUCAUUAUGACCGUCUGUUGAAGUUGAAGCGAAGAGUGGAUCCCUAUGAUGUGUUCUGGGCUGCUACGGCCGUGGGCAGUGACCGGUGGACGGUCAAGACGGAGGAUGGCUUACCGACGGAGAAUGGUAAAUUGUGCCGGACAUAG